UUUACAGCUUUACGCCUGGUAGACAGAAGAAGAAAAGUGUCUUUAGAGAGAGAAAGAAGUUCCUCGGGAAAAGUAGAGGGAGAAAGUGAAAACCCCAAAAGCUUUCUUCCAACCGGUUUUCCUAUCGGACAAUAUUUCAUGGUUGUGCUGGUUAUCUCUUCAUUUCACGCACCAUUAACUGUGUGGUUUCUCUUACUUCCUGUUUUGGUGAGUUGGGUUUUUGAGCAUGCAGUUGUAGGUGGCAUGCAAGGGACAUAGAUAGAAGGUGGUGUAUUUUUCUCUCUCUAACUCAGGGUUUAGCGUUUUGAGGGGUAGAAAGAGAAAGAGAGACGGAGAGAGAACCAAAGGCGAGCAAAUACUCGAGAGAUUAUUGCUUGCCUUCUUUUCUCCCUCUUUCUCUCUGUGUCUGUGAUAGAGUCAGAGAGAGAGAGCCAUUGCUUCCUCUUUGGUGCUGUGUCCUCUCUUCUAAGUUCUAAUCCCUUCAGCUUCUCACUCUAUCUGGGUAUUGGGUUUUUCACCUUGUUUAUUUUCCCUUUACUUUCUCUCUCUGCGGUAGCAGCCUUUUUCUCUGUUGUGGCUUUAGUAUAAAUAGGGAGAGUAGAGAUUGGGUGGGAGAUAUGGCGAAUGGUUGAUGAAAUGAAUGGGAAAAGGAAAUUAUAAUAGCAGGAUUCACAGGGUCCGAUAGUGAGAGAAGGUUAGAGGGAGAAUAAUAUAUAUAUAUAUAUAUAUUUAGAGAGAGAAUAAGAGAUAGAGAGAGAUGUGAUGAGCUUUGGGGGCUUUUUUGAUAGUAAUCCUGGUGGUGGAAAAGUUGUAUCUGAUAUUUACAGCAUGCCUGCUGGUGUAAUUGCCCAAACUUCAUGCCUUCCUGUAUUGCCCAGAUCUGCAAAACCCAUCUUCAACUCUUCUGGUCUCUCACUUGCAUUGACAAGCAGUGGCGGUGGUCGGGAGGGUGGAGGGGAAGGGCAAGUGGACAUGGGGAGGAUUGGAGGCGCUGAGAUUGAAGGGGGCAGGAGUAGUAAGGAAGAUGAGUAUGAGAGUAGAUCUGGUAACAGUGACAAUUUGGAUGGUGGUGCAUCAGGAGAUGAUCAAGAUGCCGACAACCCGCCAAGAAAGAAGCGGUAUCACAGGCACACUCCGCAACAAAUUCAAGAACUCGAAUCGUUGUUCAAGGAAUGCCCUCAUCCUGAUGAGAAACAAAGGUUGGAACUCAGCAAGAGGCUUUGUCUUGAGAGCAGGCAAGUCAAGUUCUGGUUCCAAAACCGGCGUACUCAGAUGAAGACGCAAUUAGAACGGCACGAGAACUCGAUCCUUAGACAAGAGUGUGACAAGCUCAGGGCGGAGAACGCGUCAAUAAGAGAUGCGAUGAGGAGCCCGAUUUGCUCAAAUUGUGGGGGAAGAGCAGUGCUUGGCGAGGUCUCAUUGGAAGAGCAACAGCUUAGGAUAGAGAAUGCACGGCUAAAAGACGAGCUCGAGAGGGUUUGUGCCUUGGCUGGAAAGUUCAUAGGAACACCCAUGCCACCAAUCUCAUCAAUGCCCAAUUCUUCAUUGGAGCUUGCAGUGGGCGGAAAUGGGUUUCGUGGUCUGAGCCCUGUGGUGAGCUCCUUGCCCCAAGUGACUGAGUUUGGGUCCACGGCUUGUGCACCAUUGGGUUCGAUUCAAGCCAGGCCAAAUGGGAACGGGCUUGGUUUGGAGAGAUCAAUGUUGGAGCUUGCUUUAGUCGCUAUGGAUGAAUUGGUUAAGAUGGCUCAGGUGGAUGAGCCCUUAUGGAUUAGGAGUUUAGAGAAUGGGAGGGAGACUCUUAAUCUUGAAGAGUACUUGGAUGUUUUUGCUCGCUGCAUUGGGCCGAAGCCUGUCGGGUUUGUCACUGAGGCCACAAGAGAGACCGGGGUGGUGAUCCUCAAUAGCUUGGCCCUUGUGGAGACUCUCAUGGAUGCGGAUCGUUGGGCUCAAAUGUUCCCUUCUAUAAUUGCAAGAGCUUCAACCACCGAUGUUAUAUCCUGUGGCAUGGCUGGGACAAGGAAUGGGGCUCUUCAAUUGAUGCAUGCAGAGCUGCAAGUUCUCUCACCUCUAGUUCCCAUUCGUGAAGUCCAAUUCCUCAGAUUUUGCAAGCAGCAUGCCGAGGGAGUCUGGGCUGUUGUCGAUGUCUCCAUGGAUGGUAUCAGAGAGAACGCAUCUUCUCCAGGCAACAUGAAAUGCAGGAGGUUGCCUUCUGGUUGUGUGGUUCAAGAUUUGCGAAAUGGUUAUUCAAAGGUGACAUGGGUGGAGCACGCAGAAUACGAGGAGGGCGCAAUACACCAGCUGUACCGAGCUCUUCUGAGCUCCGGCAUGGGUUUUGGGGCGCAACGAUGGUUGGCAGCUCUUCAGCGUCAGAGCGAGUGCCUUGCCAUCCUCCUGUCCACUACUGUCUCUUCUCAGAACCCUGCAGCAUUCACGCCUGCGGGAAGGCGAAGCAUGCUGAAGCUGGCUCAGAGGAUGACAGGGAGGUUUUGCGCUGGCGUGUGUGGAUCCCAUGUGCACGACUGGGCCCACCUUUCUGGCAGCGGGGUGGGGUCCAUGACUGCUGGUGGGGAGGAAGUUCGAGUGAUGACAAGGAAAAGCAUCGACGACCCCGGGGAACCACCCGGGGUUGUGCUCAGUGCCGCCACCUCGGUGUGGCUGCCUGUGGCGCCCCAGCGUCUGUUCGAGUUCCUGAGGGACGAGAGGCUGCGCAGUGAGUGGGACAUACUGUCUAACGGUGGGCCCAUGCAGGAGAUGGCACACAUUGCCAAGGGCCAGGACCAUGGAAACUGCGUCUCCUUGCUAAGGGCCAGUGCCAUGAACCCGACCCAAAGCAGCAUGCUCAUACUCCAAGAGACGUGCACUGACCCGUCAGGCGCACUCGUGGUGUAUGCGCCAGUUGACAUCCCUGCCAUGCAUGUCGUGAUGAGCGGCGGGGACUCCACUUAUGUGGCCCUCCUUCCCUCUGGAUUCGCUAUCCUUCCUGAUGGGCCUGGCUCACCCCACCAACUGGGCUGGCCUCCCCAACCCGGAGGCCCCGCUCGGGUAGGCGGCUCGCUCUUGACAGUUGCAUUUCAAAUUCUUGUUAACAGCCUUCCAACCGCGAAGCUCAACAUGGAAUCGGUCGAUACCGUGAACAACCUCAUCUUGUGCACCGUUCAAAAGAUAAAAUCGGCGCUUCAAUGCGAGAGCUGAUGCGAAAGAGUUCGCCGAGGAAAUGAAAAAGGUUUUCGUCAUUUGUUAUUUUCGGGUGCCGAAUAUCUCGAAAUCCUGAAAAGAUCGCCGAGGAACUGGAAGGUGGUGGAAUGGAUCGCCGAUUAUGCAGAUGGGGAUUUGAGUCAAGAACGAACCGCGGGUAAGAGUCCUUGCUGGGUGGUAAUUUUUUUUAUUUUUUAUUUUUAAAGUUCAGUCAAGAUUUUUAUUUAUUUAUUGUAUUAUCAGAUAUAUGGGUUUUUUCCCUUUAUUUUUGUGGGUUUUUCCUUUAUAUUUUUAGUUACCACAGAGCAAGGCUGGUGGUUCGGGUAUUGACUCGUGGAGCCCUUUUGUACGGGAUUGGAGAAUCGUAAUUUUUAUUAUUUUGGAUUUUUUUUAUCGAGUUUUAUUUGUGUAUAAAAAAUCUAUAUCAGUAGUAUGUAAUAGUGGUAUUAUAUUUGGAUAUUA